AUGUUACGUCAUAAAUCAACACCAUGUUUAUUACAGAUGGCUAAACAUUCCACUACAACAACAACAACAAUGAUUAAUCAUAAUCAUAAUCACCAAAUGUAUUAUGGUAAUGAUAAUGAAUUAAAAAAUCGUUAUGAUAAUCUACAAGAACAACAUCAACAAUUAAAACGUGAUAUAAAUGAUGCACGUGAACAGAUUAAACGUUUGAAUACACGUAUGUCAAGAUUAUUAAUGGAAAAAAAACGUAUAUUAAAAAAUUUUAAACCUGAAUUGGAAAUAACAAUGGAAGAAAAAAUGUUUGAAUUAGAACAACAAUUACGACAACAACAACAACAAAAUGAACGUCUUCGUGAACGUUUAAAAUUAAUGUAUCAUACGACAAUCGAUAAUCAACAACAACAACAACAACAACAUCGACCAAAAUCAUCAAUAAAUCAUCAACAAUCAUCGAUGAUGGCAAAAAAGCUACCAUUACGUAAUACAAAAAGUGCCUAUUCAAAUGUUCGUUCACGUAUUGAUUCGGGUCUUGGUUUUUAUUUUCGUCCAUUAAAUUUAAGUCGAUCAUCAAAAAUGGUCACAAAUUCAUCAAGACGUUCACGUUCACAAAAUGAUCGUUCGGUAACAUUUAAGGAACCAACUGAAGAAGAAGAAGUAGAAGAAGAAGAACAAAGUUCAAUGGAAAAAGAUUUAACCCUAAAAAAUGCCAUAAUAUUAAUACAGGAUGCAAAAGAAGAAAUCAUACGAUUAGAAUCGAUUAUUGAACAACAACAAAAUUCCAUUGAUUCAUUACGGCAAAAUAACCCUUCGGUUUCUUCUUCAAUGAUAAAUGAAAAUGGAUCAUCCAAAAACAUCGAUACUGAUGAAUCAAUGUUGUCGAUGAUGAUUAUGACGGCAACCCGGACAACAACAACAGCCACCCGGACAACAACAACAGCAACUAAUGAUAAAUCAUCACCGACAACGAUGAAUUUGAAUGUCGAUAAUGUUGAUGAUGAUCAAACAGCAAUCGAUUCAUUAUGGUUAAAAUAUCAACAAAUUUUAAAUAAUAAAAAAAGUUUUCAACGUAUAUCAUUGGAAUGUCAACAAAUUUUUGAAAAACUUUAUUCAAUUAUGAAAUUGGAACGACAAAAAUCACAAGAAUAUCGUUUGAAAUUACAACAACAAGAAAAGAAAAUAAUGGUCAAUUUGAAAAUGAUCGAAUCGGCUCGUUCGAAUGAACAAACAUCAGCAAUAAUGUUGAUGGAAAAAGAUAAAAUUAUUGAAAAUUUACGUAAAGAAAAUCAAAUUCUUCAGGAUUCAUUAAAACAAUGUAUGAAUCAAUUGAUUUCGAUUCAAAAUAAUGAUGAUAAUGUAGCUGAUAAUCAUCAGCAACAACAACAACAAAUGUCCAUAACAAUUCGUGAACAAAUUCAACAAAUUUGGUAUCAUAAACGUAAUGAUUAUGAAAAACAAAUUAACGAAUUGAAUGAAAAAAUUGGUGAAUUAAAUGAUAAUCUUUAUCGACAACAACAAAAAAAUGAAUCAUUACGAAUAGGAUAUGAAAAUUUGCAACAAUUAAAUGAAAAUGAUCAGCUUAAAAUUGUACAUUUAGAACAGAAAGUAUGUCGAUUAUCAGAAAUAUUAUUUCAUGAUUUUGAUCAUAAAAUAAUUAUUGAUCCAUUAUCACCAUCAACAUCGAAUCAUUUGAAUAAUCAUCAUGAUGACACGUCAUUUGCGAAUGGAUCCAAUAAUAUUCCGGAUGCUCAUGAUGAUGAUGACUUUGUUUAUGAUUCGAAAUGAUAAUCUC